UCAUGGUCAUUGGUCAACGAUGUGCGUCAUAAAAAAUUAAGCAUAAUAUUAUUUAACAAAAUUUUCGUUUUUCAUGUUUUACAUCUGUUGAACAAUAUUUCAAUAACAAUAAUUAUCAACGAUUCGAAGUUAUCACCGAGAAGUAUCGAGCAUCAGGCAUUAUAAUUUAUAAUUAUAUCGCGUUCAAUAGGUUGAUACUCGAAACAUCGAGUCAAUCGUCAUCUUGACAAUAAAUAAUAAUAUCAUCUUGAAUAUUAUUCCAGAAGUAUAGAAGAUUGAAGAAUGAGCCAGCCACCUGCAGCAGUCCAUGUAGUAACAGUUACGCGAUCGCGAUUAUCUGCAUAGGUUACUCUUCUCUUGUCGAAGUCGUGAGCAAUUUGAAAAUCUCGUAACAUGGAGAACAGUAACAAGAGACCAUUAGAAGAUGAGUGUCAAUAUUUGCACACAGAAACAAAGAAACCUAAAGCGUCUCAGGCCACAACAACGACAUCACAUCCUAAAUCCUCAAAGCAAAUUGUUGGUUUUCAAGAUUUAUCGGAUGAUGUUAUUAUGUAUUUAUUUAAAUAUUUGUCACAUGAUAAUCUUGCCAAAAUGGCAUUAAUAUGCCCUAACUUGUUAAGAGUUAGUCAUGAUUGGACUUUAUGGAAAAAACCAAGGUUCGAAAAGUUUGAAAAAUCUAUGGAAGAUGUAUACUUGAGUUACUUAAAAAAAGAUACCACUGAAUUGUAUAUAUCAUGUAAUGAUGUUCCAAAUGCUGAUAAUUCAGUUUCUCACAAAUUUUUAAUACAAUUAGAAACAAAAUGCCCAGAAUUACAACAUUUAACGUUAACAAAUCAAGUAUUUGAUGCCAGUGAAAUAAGUGUAAAGAUUUUGCAUCGAAAAUUAAAAACGCUAACAAUUGAUAAUACUGUUAUUGAAAACAUUCCAGACAGCUCUUCAUAUUUAUGUGGUAUAAACAAUGCUUGCCCAGAUUUAGAGCGAAUUAUAAUGACCAACAACGAUUGGUUUUUGCCAAAUUGUUUAUAUGCAUUGGCUAAGCUGGAACGUUUAAACUACUUAAGCCUUGCUGGUUGCAAACAGUUCAGGGAUUGUAUUCCAUAUGCAAGUAUUACUGCUAUAACUGGAUUCAAAUCAUUACAGACUCUUGAUUUGCGUUUUACUCCAGUAAGCGAUCAUGAACUUGUUUGCUUUCAAAGAUUAACAACUUUGAAAAAUGUUCUUUUGGAAAGUCCUGAUUAUAUGAAUCACGAGAGAGAUGCAACAAUUACUGAUUUGGGUCUGGCAGGAUUUUGUACUGCUACCUUUGAAUUCCACUAUCCAUACAUACAAAUUUUGAUUGAUAGACGUGGUGGAGUGAAUUUAAGAAGAGUUCAUGAAAGGAAUGAUAAUGUUGAUAGAUGCAGUAUUGAAACUUUAUAUGUUCGCAACUAUCCGAAAGUAACUGAUGCAUUUUUGAAGACUGCUGUCAGAACUUGUCCAUACCUGAAAUCAUUAGACAUUACUGGCUCAUGUUGUACUUCAGCAGAAAUUGAACAUUAUAAAGCAAACAGACCUAGUACAAAGGUUAUAUGCUGAAAAGACUGAGAAAUAUGUUGACAUAUAGGGUAAUAUAUUGUUAUGCGAAGACGUGAUGUGAGGUGAAAGGGUAGCAAGACAUGUUCAAUCCUUAUAUAUUUUGUGUUAUAUAAAACUCUUAUAACUAAUUCUACAGUAUAUUGAUAUUAAUGAAUCAGUUUAAAAUUAAAUUUAUGGGUGUUUGUAAAUAA